AUGUCCGAGUGCUUCCAAAGAUUUAAACUCGGUGCAAUGCUGGGCGGGACCGUCGGAGGGACGAUGGGCCUUCUUCUGGGUUCAUAUACCGUUCUCAGACAUGGCCAUGGGGGCAUGGGCUAUCUUCGAUACGUUGCAAAAUCUGCGCUCACAUCUGGAGGAAUGUUUGGUCUUUUUAUGGGCAUCGGGUCUGUGCUUCGCUGCGACAAUGGCCCGAAACCAUGUUCCAGUAAAAUAGUAACUUAA